UUUUUCUAACCAACAGAGGAAUUCGAGGAUUGCUGGGAAAGGAAGAUAACAACAACAAUGUCGAUAACUGUCGGAGGGGUGAGUGCUUCUUCAUCUUCCUCCGCAACCUGUUGGCCUAUUCGGUUCAAUCACUUUUCUUCGGUCUCCCGGACCUCCUUUAGAUAUUCUUCAAAGCUCCAAAAUUUAGUCUACAGAGGCAGCCUUACUGUUCACAGUAAACCAGCAUGGCAAUCGGGACUGAGCGGCUCAAACGGCUACCACGGCUCCGAUUUUGAUCCAUUGGGAAUAAACCCAGAUACUUCAUUUGGUCUGGGUGAUGCUUGGGAAAAUUUAUUAGGUUUGAUUACACAGAAACUGGAGAGUUCAUCAUCUGGUACAAGAAAGGACAAACCUUCAGCUAGAGGAGUGGCAGCUGCAAUCGAAGAUACUUCUAUUGAUUUUGGGGACUUCUUCAAAGGCCCAUUGCCAGGAAAGUUUCUUAUGCUUUUAGGAUAUUUGGCCUUAUCCCGGCUUGGAAUUUACAUACCACUUGGGGGAGUAAAUCGCGAGGCAUUUGCUGGAAAUCUAGAUCAAAACAGUUUGUUGAGCACUUUGGAUACGUUCUCUGGUGGAGGCAUUGGUCGAUUAGGCAUAUGUUCUCUUGGAAUUGUUCCUUUCAUCAAUGCACAGAUUGUUUUCCAGCUUCUCUCCCAAAUCUACCCAAAAUUGCAAGACCUUCAGAAAAGGGAAGGUGAAGCAGGAAGAAAGAAAAUUCUUCAGUACACUCGCUAUGCUUCGGUUGGUUUUGCCAUUGUACAGGCAAUUGGUCAAGUUCUUUUUCUCCGUCCAUACGUAGAAGAUUUCAGCACACAGUGGGCUCUAUCUUCUGUUACAUUGUUAACACUUGGUGCAGUACUCACUACAUAUAUUGGAGAACGAAUUUCCGAUCUAAAACUUGGGAAUGGAACUUCGCUUUUGAUCUUUACGAGCAUUAUAUCGUACUUGCCAGCAUCUUUUGGUAGGACGGCUACCCAAGCUUAUCAAGAUGGAAACUAUGUUGGACUUGUGGGAAUCCUUGUCUCAUUUUUCCUGUUGGUUCUUAGUAUUGUGUAUGUUCAGGAAGCUGAGAGGAAAAUCCCUAUUAAUUAUGCUUCAAGAUAUACUAGCAAGAGUGGAGGCCUGCAGAGAUCUGCUUAUUUACCCUUUAAGGUGAACAGCUCAGGUGUAAUGCCAAUUAUCUUCUCCACUUCAUCAUUAGCUCUUCCAGCCACUGUAGCACGAUUCACAGGCAUAGGUGUUCUGAAAAACGCUGCUGUGGCCUUAAAUCCAGGCGGUUCUCUAUAUCUCCCUACAAACAUUUUGUUGAUAGCCUUCUUUAACUACUAUUACACUUUUCUACAAUUGGACCCUGAUGAUGUCAGCGAACAGCUAAAACGACAGGGUGCAUCGAUUCCACUUGUCCGGCCUGGAAAAAGCACUGCUGCAUACAUUAAGACGGUCCUAAGUCGAAUAUCAGUACUGGGAUCUGCAUUUUUGGCAAUUUUAGCUGCGGGUCCUGCUGCCAUUGAACAGAUAACUCAUUUGACUGCAUUUCGAGGAUUUGCUGGAACUUCGGUUCUGAUUCUGGUUGGUUGUGCCACAGAUACAGCAAGAAAAGUUCAAGCUGAAAUCAUAUCUCAGAAGUACAAGAACAUUGAGAUGUAUGACAGUGACAAGUAUGGUCAAUAGUUUUUGCAGUCCCCCCAGAGUUGCAAAACAUAAGAAACUCUCAACUUUGUCAUUCUGAAAUUGAAUUGUAUGCUGGUUGUUGAUCUUGUAAUUCAUGAUAUUUUUGAAACAUCCCAUGUAGGUAUUUGUAAUUCUUACUCGUGAAUAUUCAAUUCAAAUCAUAAAACUAAAAUCUCUUACA